AGGAGGAAUUUCACAGUUACAGUGCAGAAGCAGAGGGAAAGGAAUUAACCAGCUCUUCAGACAAGCAAAUCCUCUACUCACCAUGCUUCCUCCUGCCAUUCAUUUCUAUCUCAUUCCCUUUGCAUGCAUCCUCAUGAAAAGCUGUUUGGCUUUUAAAAAUGAUGCCACAGAAAUCCUUUAUUCACAUGUGGUUAAACCUGUUCCAGCACACCCCAGCAGCAACAGCACGAUGAAUCAAGCUAGAAAUGGAGGCAGACAUUUCAGUAACACUGGAUUGGAUCGGAACACCCGGGUUCAAGUCGGGUGUCGCGAAUUGCGUUCCACCAAAUACAUCUCUGAUGGUCAGUGUACCAGCAUCAGCCCUCUCAAGGAGCUGGUGUGUGCUGGAGAGUGCUUGCCCCUGCCCGUGCUUCCCAACUGGAUUGGAGGAGGCUAUGGAACAAAGUACUGGAGCCGGAGGAGCUCCCAGGAGUGGAGGUGUGUCAACGACAAAACGCGGACCCAGAGAAUCCAGCUGCAGUGUCAAGAUGGAAGCACACGCACCUACAAAAUCACAGUGGUCACAGCCUGCAAGUGCAAGAGGUACACUCGACAGCACAAUGAGUCCAGUCACAACUUCGAGAGCAUGUCGCCUGCCAAGCCAGCCCAGCAUCACAGAGAACGGAAAAGGGCCAGCAAAUCCAGCAAGCACAGCAUGAGUUAGAACUCAGACUCAAAACUGGACUCACUAGUAACCAUCUGCUUUACAGAUUUUAUUGCUUGGAAGACUCAAGCCUGCCAUUGCUAUUUUCUCACUCGAAAAUAUAUGUUUUCUGCUUUGAUCAUAACCAUCAGUCUGUCCUAAGUAGCAGGACCUCCUUUGGGAAUCAAUUUGCCUUUCAAGUUUUCCAACAUGUUUGCAUAUCCAUGAGAGCAAUUUGCAUUACAUUUCAUGAAUCCCAUAGUUUUAAUUCC